AUGCACAUCAAGAAAACCCUCGAUUCUCUUAACCCCCAUCAUUCUCCUUGGUCCAUAUCCCACAUCAGCCAAAGAUGGCAAACCAUUACCCUCGCAUGCCCAAUGCUCUGGUCUCACAUCGCACUUGACCUCGAUCAGUACGAAACUGGCUUCUCAGACGGUCUGUACAUGUUCAGAGUCGGGCUAUACCUGAAACGCCCACGGGAGUGCGAUCUCUCCAUCUCUCUAUGGUCCAACUACUGCGUCAGUGAACAUUCUGUACUCGGUCUCCUCAAGGCUACCAUCCCCCAAUGGACCGAUCUCACUAUUAAUUUAUGCCCUGAAUCCAUCAAAUAUCUCACGAAAAACUCUUUCCCAGUCCUUCAGAGAUUCGAAAUCAAUUCUCUCAUCAAAAGGAAGAAUAUAUUCAAUUAUCACAUACUGGAAAUAAAGUCAUAUAUGCUCCAGAACUUCGCGUUUUCCACUCAAAGCACAACGCAAUGCCAUCAUUGUGUCCGGGUGCUUCGACAACUAACAUCUGCAAAGAGGCUUAUUCUCAGAGUUCACAAAAUGAAUAAUCUGGGUCUGAUGGACCGUGCGAUCAUCAUGCCUUGCGUGGAGAGACUCGAGUUCAAAGAGAAGAAAUGUGAAGGGUCCAUGGCUCGCUUGUUCAAUGCCCUCAGGCUCCCAUCGCUUACAUUCUUAUCACUCAUGUUCACCAAGGCAUCUCGAUCCACGUUUCCUACUAGGUUUGAGGGAUCGGCAACGCUUAUGAGCCUACACAUCAACUGUGACCUUGGCCAUUCCGAUAAUACCAAGCUGCUCCUUAGAUUCCUCACUCUGACACCCCAUAUCAUGCUACUCCGGCUUUCCACCACCAUCAUACCUGAUGAUAUGCUCUGUGGUCUCACUCUCGCAGAGGGGAAAAAGAAAAAUUCCCUCCUCCUCUCUUUACAUACCCUUGAAAUUGCACCCAGCAUACCAGAAUGUGACGUGAAAAUGUUUAUCCGAAUGCCAGAAUCUCGGUAUGAAAGCGGGAGUCCUGGUGAUUGUCGAAGGCUGGAACGAUUACAAUUCGAACAGCCUGGGGAGUUUGCGCUUUUGGAUUUGGAAGAUCAGGAGAGAUGGGAAACACUUUGUCGUUCUUUGGAUGUAUUCUACGUAUUUUAA